UUCAGUCAGUCAGUCACUCGCUUCUAUUGCUCACUCACUCUCUCUCGCUUUCCUUGCUCUCUAGCUUCCCCCUCAAAGAAGGGGACCUACCAUGAUUUCCCCUCUAAGAAAUAUGCUCUUGUCUUAGCAUUCAUCCCCCCCUGCUCAUUAUCUGAUCCAAUCAACUUAACCUUGCUACCAACAUCUCCGCCAUGGUGCGCCUGUGGCCUUUCAAGGCGGAAGAUGACUCUCCGGCCUCCUUCGAGAAAGCGCUGUCGGCCCUAUCCGAGAAGAUCACGCAAACGACCGCCCGGUUGGACCUGCACCGACAACACGCCCGCCGCUUCAAAGCGCUCUGGACCCUCUACACCACCUUCGCCUACCUCCUCUACUCGAUCAUCUUAGCUCUGGUACUAGGAUGGCAGAACUGGGGUAUAGCUGAAUACGCCGCGAUCGUGGGCGGGCCUAUCCUGAUCUACACCGUCCGCGCCAGCGCCUCGCGCUACUAUGACUACCGCAUCAGCAAAACGCAAUCCCACCUGGACACGCUGCACAAACAACGCGAGACCACGAUCGAGAAACUGAAAGAAGCCACACGCUACAACUCCACUCAACAACUCCUAGAGAAAUACGGCGGCGGCGGCACCCUCAAGCGCACCAAGUCACGAACCAGCGACGACAAGCGCAACAAACCCGAUACCGCCGCCAAGAAACGUACCCCCCAACAACAGCAACAACCACCCGUCCAACGCACGGGACUGCCUCCACCCCCAACAGCCAACAUCCGUCGCUCACCACAACAACAACCAUCCCCCGGUGGCAAUGGUGGUCCAAUGACCCCAAGUGGACCACCGCAACACCCAUCCUCCCCCUCCCCAUUCAUGAUCCCAGCCCACCACCAGGGAGGACCACCCCACGGUCCCCCGCCGGCGCCAUCGUUCGACGAGGACGAGCCAGGAUUCGCGCCAAAUGCGUUCCCCUCGACCACCCCACCGCAGUACAUCGAGUCCUCGCACUGGUACGACCGGCUCCUGGACGUGCUGCUAGGCGAGGACGAGACGCAGCCGAAGAACCGCAUGGUGCUGAUCUGCGCGACCUGCCGGCUGGUCAACGGGCAGGCGCCGCCGGGCGUCAAGUCCCUGGAGGACCUGGGCCGCUGGCGCUGCGGCAGCUGUGGCGCCUGGAAUGGCCAGGAGAGCGAGGCGAAGAAGGUGCUCGCUGGUAUCCGGAAUGAGCAUGCGCCUCUCGUUGCUGCUGCUGCGGAUAGCACGGACGCCGAGGUGCAGUCCUCUGUUAGUGAGCGGUCGGAGGACGGGGUCAUCGUCGCUGCGAGCGAGGAUGAGCACGUGGAUUCGGGUAGUAGUGAUGAGGCGGAAGGUCAAUUGCCCGAUGAGGAGGAAGUAGAGGAGAGGGAGGUGCCUGUUCCCAAGACGACGCGGGGACGUGCAAAAGGGGGCAAGAGAAAGGGUUGAGUGCGGUGGUAGACUUGAUAUGGACUUUGUGUCCUUUUGUUUCCUUUUUUUUUUUUCUUUUCGCUUCUUUGGUAGGUCUAGGACAAUACAUCAUUUUUACUUCUUCAA